UUUUCGAAAAUUGAGAACUUUUUUCCCGACAACUGGAAAAAUUUUUCCCGACAACUGGAAAAAAAUUUCCCGACAACUGGAAAAAAAUUUCCCGACAACUGGAAAAAAAUUUCCCGACAACUGGAAAAGUUCUUCCUUCCAACAGGAAAAGUUCUUCCUUCCAACAGGAAAAGUUCUUCCUUCCGACAGGACACAAACGAAUGUCCCACGUACCACCAACCGAGUCCAUUCCAAAGCCAGAAGAACCGAAAGCUGCAGAACCACAACAGACUUACUAA